GCUCCUGUAUUUGCGGUGAGAAGGUCUCGCAGCUCGCAGGAGUCCCAGAAGCCGCAGAACGAAGCCCCGGACGAGCGCAAAGCUGGAGCCGCACUACGCGAUGACCAUGUACAAGGGCAAGCGCCGCAACCACCGAUACAUAAACAUGGCUGGCGAGCCGAAGCCGUACAGGCCCAAAGCCGGCCACAAGCGGCCGCUCUCAGCUGUUUACAGCGGUUAUGAAUUUGACUACGAGUACUACAGGGAUGAUUUCUACAGCAGGCUUUUUGACUAUCACGGCCGAGUGGCCCCCCCGCCGAGGGCCGUGAUCCCCGUCAAACGCUCCCGGGUGCUCGCUCCCUCCUCCCGCCGCGGCAAGGCCUCCUUCCCCAUCAAGACCACCUCCUCCUCCUCCUCUUCGUCCUCCAGGCCCCCCACGUCAUCCUCCUCCGGGCUCAAACCGGUGAAGACGAACCAGCUGCAGACCAUCAAGCGGGAGCUGACGCAGAUCAAGCUGAAGAUCGACUCCUUGCUGGGCCGCCUGGAGAAGAUCGAGAAGCAGCAGAGAGCCGAGUCCGAAGCUCAGAGGAAGUACGAGGACAACUGCGACUCCCUGCACGAGGAGUCCGUGUCGGAGACGGCGGAGAACUCCGGGGAGGAGGCGGGCGACGGCGCCCUGGACGUGGAGGCGGGAGAGAUGACCGACGGGGGCGAGGACGACUACGACGAGGAGGGAAACCACCAUCUGAUAGAGAACCAUGUUUCGGACAUCGACAACUGAGAUCAGGAUGUGGCAGCAGACAACCCCCCCCCCCCCCCGGUCAGUGGUAUUAGAAUUCAUCAUCACCUUCCGGAGGAUCUCUGGAGGAUCAAGACUCUCAUUCUGGACUGUAAAUUGUGUUCAGGGGAUGCUGAAUCACAUCUAGACGCCUAACUGUGCAGCUCAAAACCGAACGUGACGCGCUCUCUAAAGAAAAUGUAUUCAAGACUCAUUUCAAUGCACCAGCCCCCCACCCCCCCUCCCCCC